AUGUCAUAUACGCGAGGUUCAAGCAAUGGUUUUUUUGAAAUGAUUCGUAGAUUGCUUACAGUGAAUCCAGAAAACAGCAAUACUGGUGUUCACAUUAGUGGAAUAUAUAGAUCUCCAGCUCCAGCAUCUCAACCACCAACAUAUAAGAGUCCGUUAACCAAACAUUCAGAUCUGGCAAAAAAUUACUAUUUUAGCAGAGAUUAUAGAAGAAAUUAUCCACGUUUAGCAGUCUUCACACAAAAUGAUGUAGCUGGGCUCAUCUCAGCAUCAAAUUUUCAGAGUGUUACUUCUGGUGAUGAAGGAGGAGUUGCAGGAAGUGGCGGAGUAUCCGAUAAAUCAACAGAUACUCAAGUAAUAAAUGUUUUAGAAAAUCUUUCAUUAACAGAAACAAUUGCUUCUGCUCCAAAAUUAUACAGUGAAGAUAAAUUACCGCCUACACCUGGCAAUCCAAGCUACUAUAAAUGGAAAUUGUCAGAAGAUGCACCAAAACCAGAACCAG